AUGUUACCUCUGUCGGAAGCGGAAGAUAAAGGGUACAGGCCGGAUGCUGUCUUCCGCAACGAGACCAGAAAAGUCGAGCGACUGGUGAAGAGCAAUGCCAUGGUAAAUGCCCACAGCAAUACCGACAGCCAAGACAGCUCCUCAACAUCGGACUCAUCUAUAUCAGUGGUCCACCGCCGGCGCGCCAGUUCACACGGGAAACACCAUGCACUGACGCUAUACUCACUCGCUGACUCCAGCUGGGAGCAACGGGCUCUGUGCUACUUCUUUGACCAACACACCAUCAAAGCUGAUUCCGAGGAGGACGGACAUCUUGACUAUCUGCCCUCGCUAUACGCGCGCGAGCUCGAAUCGUCGUCUUCCUGUUUGCGAUGGGCGGUUGAUGCCACGGCGCUGAUGACUCUCGCCAAUACGAAGAAUGCGCCGCCCCUAAUGACCAAGGCACGGCAGGGCUAUGGGCGGGCUCUGCGGGGGUUGCAGGAGGCGCUGGCGUCGCCGGCUAAUGCGGUCAAGGAUGAAACUUUUGCUUCGGUGGUUUUACUUUCGUUAUAUGAGGAUAUAUCGGGUGAGCGGAAUGGAUUGUUCAGCUCGCAUACGGCUGGGUUUGAGUUCUUGACAAAGCUCCGUGGAAACACGCAGGUUUAUCAUCAACGUGGCCGGGAUAUGCUUACGUUUGCUUAUACACACAAUUAUGUUGAAAUCCUCGCACUGGGAAACAAGCCCCGCUUCGACAUGGAUUGGGUCCUUAGCAUGCUAGACAUCAACAAACCAGUCGAGAGGCUCGUGCUCAACGCAUCAAAGCUCUGCCAGUUGUCCCUUUACAUGAGAUCUACACCAACCCCAGACCAAGCAACCGUCGAAGCAUGGAUCAAAGCCGGCCGCGAGUACGAUCUCGAACUCUCCCAGUGGACACAGACCCUCCCAGACCGCUGGCUCCCACUAGUCGUCUACUCAGCACAAGGCGAACCCCUCCUAACCUACAACCGCAUCUCCAACGCCGUGGUCUGGAACUACUACCGCGCAGUACGCGUAAUGGUACAACAACUCCUCCUCAGUCUAAACAGGACCCUCACCUCCAUCAGAGCGGCCAAGCAAUCCUCCGAUUCGCGGGAUACCAGUUCCGAACCUGAGUCUGAAUGCCUUGACGAGCCAGCUCUGCAAGCUAUAAUCCGGGAAAUGACCACAGACGUCUGUCGCAGCAUCCCUUUCGCUUUGGCGGACGUCGACUCUCUCGGUCGCCCGAAUAAAUCAGAUAGCCCGUGGCAAAUGCGCGCUGCGCAGGGUUAUGGCUUGCUCUGGCCGUUGUGGUAUAUUCUCUCCUCUGGUAUGCCGACCCCGGCGCAGGCGGAGCUGAUCCGCACUGUGCUAUCGCGUGUCGGGUCUACACUCGGCAUUAAAUUGGCGUUGGUUCUUGCUCGUGAGGCGGAGCGUAUCCGUGGAGAGCAGGAUGAGGUGCAAGGCGAGGUUCUUGGGGAUUUACCACGUGGUGCGUACAAUCUCGGUAACCAAUCUUGA